UCCUGGGCAGGAGGAGGCUGAGGAGGAUGCGUCUGAAAGGCAAGGCGCCUUCAGCAACCAUCUGUACAUGUAAAAACAUGGAUGAAUAGACAUGGCUGCUGAAGUGGGAAGGGAGAUGUAGCUUUGAGGAUGCCAUCCGUGCACGUUUCUCACUUGCUUCUCUUUCUCCUCUUUUCCUUCGUUGAACGGAGUGUGUGCAAAUCUGUCGCGGAGAAUGGAGCCCUCGAGGUGCAGGUGAGGGUUCAAGUGUUCGAUGGAGGUGACCUGUCACCCCUGUCCAAAGCUGCCAUCGUUGUCCAUGGCAACCAGAGCACGCUGGCCUCCAGGCAGGCAGAGAAUGACGAAGCAGUGGUUGUAAAUUUCCUGUACCGCACAGGCACAUGGGUCAUCAUCACAGCAUCUCACAAAGAUUAUGUCACCAGCUCAGUGCCCUGGCAUGCCAACAGAGUGCCGUUGUAUGCCUCUGUCAGCCUGUAUUUGUUAGCCCAACGACCAGGAACACUCAUCCUGUAUGAUGACGUCAUUCAGGUGUUCCAUGGCUCUCCUGGUGGGCGGAGUCAGCCAUGGCUGCACAUUCCAAGGCGGAGCUUGCAGCUGAAUACCUCCUUCUCCGAGAUAACUGCAGUUUUGACCACUGCCAGAGAUAUGAGUGAGAUCAAUGCCUUCCCCUACCUCGUGGCCUUGGAGCUCAACACCACAGGAGGAGAGAAUAGGUGGACUGAUCUGACAGCAGUAGCAGCGGUUAGCGCUCAGCUGUUUGACCGAGACGGCCAUGUGGUUCAGGUCACCGAAUCCAUUCAUGUCUCUGUUCCUCUGCCCUCCGACUCACGCGUCCGCUCCCCAACCAGCAUACCGGUGUGGGUGUACAACACUAAAACAGGCCUGUGGCUGAGGAAUGGGACUGGGUACAUUAAGAGAGAUGGAACUCAUCUUACAUUGGACUUCAUGGCCUCACGACUUGGCUAUUGGAUAGCAGCCUUCCCUUCUACAUCAGGCCCAGGUUUGUCUCAUCCAAGCCUGAGGGACAUUACAGCCUACCAUACCCUCUUUCUGCUCUCCAUACUGGGAUCUCUGGCUCUCCUUGUACUGGUACUGCUCUGUGUCCUCCUCUACUACUGCAGACGGAGGUGUCUGAAGCCUCGGCGUCAGCAGAAGCAGGUCCAGGCCUCAUCUGCUCUUUGUGGCUCCAAAAGAGACCAGGGCACCUCAACCUCUCGUCUAAACCUUAUUUGUGGUGGCCAUGUUGAACCUGCUGCAUCCAAUGGUGAUCUUGAUGCCAGCAAAUCUGACACCUCACCCUCCCGUGAAUACAAGAGCGCAAGAGAAGAGCUCUCGAAACAUGUACCGGCACAUAAACUCCGGCAUUCGUCCAAGAAUAAGCAAUCAAAAGGGGCCCAACGAGGGGGUGAAAGCUUCCCCAUGAAGGUACAUCGCUCCACAGAAACAAGCAGCCUUGACAGCACCCUUCUCCGUGAUGACUAUGGGCGCAACUUCAGCCCAGAUGACAAGGAUCAUGACUACCGUCGCAGACAUGUUGUCAACGACAAUCGUGGGUACACAGCAGAUCCACCUUCUCCACCCAUUCCAGACAAGCCCCCUGAAUACUCACAAGUUUCCCAAGGCCCAGACCUCCUAGCUCGUCCGACGUCGCUGAACACACAACCUGGCCAGAUCAUAUUCUGCAGCUCUUUGGAUCAAAUGACUGAGAACAUGUAUCGGAGCAUGGUUCCAACCUUGGUUAUCCCAGCACACUACAUGCGGCUGUCUUCUGAGUUCAAUGCCUCAGAAGCAAAGGACAGCCAGGGCCAAGCUGAGAGGGAGAGCCAAGGAGGUGCAGGUAAUGGUGUCUGCAGUGGAAUCCAGAACCAAGGCCAGAGCCAGGGAUCAGGCCAAAUGCAAGCUCAGCCAGGGGUGGGGUCCCCAGGUGGCUCGGAUGAGAACAUGUGGGCAUCUGGAGGUCCAUCAGCACCAGUCCAUAUCCCGGUCCUCUUUAAUGACUCCACCAUGGCACAGAUGAAUGGAGAGCUUCAAGCACUUACAGAGAAGAAGCUCAGGGAACUAGGCGUGAAGCAGCACCCUCGUGCCUGGUUCAUAUCACUCGAUGGGCGUGCCAAUGCUCAUGUGCGCCACUCCUACAUAGAUGUCGGCUCUGAGCUAGGCCACAGUGGAGCAAACAGUAGCAACCACAGUGCUCAGAGCACCCUCAGCGCCCCCGCUGGCACCAGUAAGGAUUGCAGCCCAGAUACAAGCCUUCAAGAUACCCCACAUGAGCGGAAACAGGCCUCCGGACGUAAGAGUAAAGAGGAGCGGCAUGGAAGUGGACGUAAAGGGCAUGGAGGGAAUAGCAGCAGUAGCGGGAAGCAGUAUUCGAAGCUGCCUUACCAUGACCCUUUGGAUCUCAGUAGUGGUGUCGGCCGCAUGGGGGCAGGGUCACCGCUGGAAAAUCCACUGACUCCCCUCCUAGAUGACGGUCCUGAGGAACCACGAGGGUCAACGAUGCCAAGAAGGGGUCGCAGCCGGGGGAACAGCUCACGUAGCAGCAACAGUGAGACCCAGCGUGACUCUGUCACCAGCCCAGAGGAUGAAAAUGACCCUGAUGACAAAGAUGAGAACAAGAAAAGCCCAUGGCAGCGUAUUGAGGAGCGACCACUCAUGGUGUUCCAUGCCAAGAAGUAAAAUAGCAGAAUAUACAAAGACCAGGCCUCCACAAAAUAAACACAAGCAUUGCGUUCAAAUUGGCAUUUGUUAACAAAGGUUUGUUAGCAAACUGGUUAGUCAGAUUUCAGCAUCAGAAUCUUUUCAAUAUCCAAAUCUUGUCAAACUGAACUUAAUCAAAUAGCAUCACGUCACAUGCCAUAAGUGUAAUGUGGAGAUGAGACUUGUAAGCAGAAGAGAACGAUUGUUCAGUUUGAACACAUACAGAUAUUACACAGCUGGGUCAUGUCUAGCUGAUGUCCAUGAUGAUAGUGAGUAACAGCUUUUUUUUACUGUAGGUACAAGAAAAAAUAUGUUGUAAAUGUAUCAUAUGCAAAGAAUAAGCACAAGAUGAUAUACCGGCCCAGAAAAAGAGGAUACAUUUCAGGAAUCAUCUGUUUACAAUCAAAUAUGGGGCAUUUUUUUUCAAACAAAUCACAAAACUACAUCUAAACCUGUUUCUUUUCAGUCUAAAUGACUUGGAGAUAAUCGGCGUACCGUGUCCAGAGGAAAAAAAAGCUUCUUCAUUUAUACUCCUGAAAGUGGCUUGUUGAUGAACUGAUCUUGGAAAAGAAGGCUAGACGUGCCGUGGAGUGACAAAUUUCUACAAAGGAACUGGAUGCUGAGUUUUCAUAAGCCACCCCUGAUGUUCUAAUGCAGUAUUCCUCUGUACCAAAAAACCUCUUACCCUCUUUUCUUAUCCCAUACAACCACAUUUUUAUAUACAUGUACACAGCAUCCCAGUACCGACAGGAAACAGUAGGUAUUUUUUUUAUCGUACCUUGUUUUUUCUUUAACUGUGGUCAAAGUUUUGGUGGCAACAGAUUAAUAUAUUCUACAGCAUACAUGUGUUACAUUGUAAACAGUAAGUAUGAAGUACAGUACAAAAAAAAAUAUAUAAAUCUAAACAUUCCGUUACAAACAUUCCAACUGACAGCACUUAAUUAUGUUAACGACCUAGACUUUAUAUUGUUUUGUAGUUUAUUUGAUAAAUGAACUGUACUGAACAUCUAUAUUUUAUGUGAGCCAUUGUAACUGUGAUUUAUGUGUUGAAGCCAUCCUUUUCUAACUGAGCUAUGUCCUAUUGAGCACUUUCCUUCAAAAUGGUAUUUGAUAGGAAAUAUAGACCUGAAAACAGUUGUAUUCUUUUUUUUUUUAAAUAACAUUUAAGGUGAGGUUUUGGAAAUAACUGAUUCUUUAUCAGUUACUUUUUCUUCAAGCUCAAGGGAUCUCUUGGAAUGACUGUUUUGAACAGUGGAGAUGAACGUAUGGUUGCUUACCCUGAUGUGAUUCUUUGUUAAUCCUAUAUCUGUCCCAGACUCCUCCAUUAACCCAAAUUUAGAUGUAGAGUUCCCCUCCAAAAUGUUGGGAUUCUGUGUAUAUGUAUGAUAGCAUAUAUGUGCAUGAGAUACGUAGAAUAGGAUAACGGUUUGUUUUAUGACUGAUGAUUAAAAUUCAGUCCAGUUUCUGAUAAAAGUGUAAAAGCAGGAGAUCACUCUAUCUGGUACAGAGGGUGAUUCACAUUCUGCCAUUUGAAACGUACCAUUUGGGAUAAUAGGCCCUGGCCAAUAUUGAGCAUGUUCACUUGUAACUGGGCCAAGAACAUUUGAUGUUGCAAAAACGAGAUGGACUAACCUAAAAUGACCCUGGCCUGCUCCAGAAGAACCUGAGUAACACCAUUGAUUCCCUGAUUAGCAAUCAGGAAACAUUUGGUGCUGUUAGCUAAUCUCUGUUUACUGGUAGCUGUUAGCAGUUAGCUGCCAGUGUUUUCUAUUUCCAUUUUAUGAGGAUGUUUGACAUCCUUUUACUCUCUAUUUUACUCUAUAUAUUAAGUACUAUGUCUUGGUGCUGAGAUUUUUGAAUUUGUAUCCAUCGCCCACAUGUAACAUUUCUACGACAGUAUGACAAUACAUGUGCACUUGCCUUUUUAGUGGGGUGCAUAAUUUGGUAGGUUUAUCAUUUUCCUAUUUUUAACAGCUUACCCAACCCUUAAUCAGCUUUUUACUUUUCAUUAAAUUUAUUAUACCCUGUCAUUGAUUUUAUAAUCAUUCCUUAACCUUUUUCUUGUCAACUAUAGAUCACUUAUCCUUGUGAAAACGUGUGGCCUGCUUUAAAUGGGAAGGCCUACUUUUAAGCAGGUGAUAUUGUAAGCCGCCUUAGCACCAUUUACUGGGCAAUACAGGUGUGGUUUCACUGUAUGACACAAACAUCAGUCACCAUGUAACUGCUGAUUGCAGAACUACACAAAGACAAUGAAGUGCCCAUGCUGAAUAACAUGUCAAUCACAACCUAGACAUGUCGCUAUUAGGUCUACUGGCAUGUCAAUGGCAUUGUCUGCAGCAUUAGCACAAAAGACCACUCAUUUGCACCGGUGGAACACCAAUGUAGUGUCACAUUGUUCAUUUGUUUUUAUGUUUUUUAAUUAAUUUAUAGAUUUUUUUUGUUAAACAAAAAAGUAGUCUGCAAGUUCACUUUGACAGGGCCUCAGUCUUUCUUCCAGGCUCCAAAGUAAGAAAGCCAUUUCAUAAAAUGAGCAAAAGAAGCACAGUUUGCUUCAGCUGUUCUCUCAGUGUGGCUUGAUUCAAGGUAGCGAGAACCAAUGUUCUAGAAUUUUUACAAGCUACAACAAAUUCUAGAACUCUAGUUGUUGUGGUUCUAGGGUUAUGUCUCAAAUCAACCUCUAUGUCCCUACUAACCGAAUUGCUACAUACAGAAUGAAAAUGCAUGACCUGAUUAGGUCAUAGAGUGUGGUCUUUACUGGAUUUCCUGGAACAAUGAGAUACACACACUCAGCUCCAUAUUUAUUUGUGGACUUUUUAGUUGUCACAGUAUAUUGAUGUAAUGGAGUUAAAUAAUAAACUCAAAGACAGACUCGCAGCUUUAAUUUGAAGGUUUUCACAUUCAAAUCAGGUGAAUGGUGUAGGAAUUACAACAUUUUCAUACAUAGCCCUCCAUUUAAUUUAAACUGUAAUAUGCUGUAAUAACAGCAUAAUAACUUCCGAAUAUUUAUGAAUCUGAAGUGUGCAUAAACUACACAAUGACUUUUAGCAGCAGUAAACUUACAGAUAACUGACUGACUGCCUAGACAGGCAUUAGCAAACAUAUAGCAAAUGACCUAAUGGUCAACAAAAGGCUGACAGCAUAUUACAUACUGCAUAUUACAUACAUUACAUACAACAUUUUAUAGUUCUAGUGAUAACUUAUGUUGGACUGGAUGGUAACAUGAAUCCCAUCUUAAAGUACUUUUUGUUGGUGGUUUGUUUGAUUUGAAAUGUAUCCUUAGAUACUGUAGAUCAGUUGGAGCACAUAUUUAUACCCUGAUAUUUUGAGGUACAUGGAUGGAUUUCUUUAGGGGUUCUACUGUCUAGGUCAAUUUCUAUGCACUUAAAAAGAUGGUUCUUCAAGAGUUCUUCAGUAAAAUUAUAUAUAGUCUAUAUAGAACUAAGAACCAAGAUCAAAAAAACCCUUGCAUGAUUCAAGGAUUCUUUGCAGAGUGCGAAGAAGAAUGUUGUAGAUGGUUCUGUAUACAUGUCAAUGUCGAGCUUGUAACACUAGAAGAACUCUUUCAGAUGCUACAAAACACCCUUGAAGAACCAUCUUUUUUUAAGUGUGUGGCAGAGCAAGUCUUCAAAUCUUCUUCUUCUUCUUUUGGCUGCUCCCAUUAGGGGUCGCCACAGCGGAGCAUCUGCCUUCGUCUUGCCCUAUCC